CGAGGAGGAAGUAAGGGGGAAGAGCCCAUAAUCAUUAAGUCAGAUGACGAAAAUGAGGAAGAAAGAAUGAAACUUUCGUCCGUCUUGUUGGAAAAAAUGGAGGACCUGCUGGAUAAGAUGGGGAGGUACCGACAGAAGUUGGUGGGCCUCUGUGAGGAACUGAGGAACUGGAAGUCUAACAUCCCCAAGGUGUUCCUCUACGACUCUGGUCCGGAGUCAGCACCUGGGCGACCCAGAGUAAAUGUGGUGGGGUCGUACCCACAAUCGGGAAUGAUGGGGAGACCCCUCACUCCGCAGGCCCGGUUGGCGCAGGCAGCACGAAUAAGAAGUCAAGCCAAAGCCAGCGCCAACCAAGAGCCUCCAAGGAGGGAGCUGAAGCCGGGAAAAAGAAAGGAGGCUGUGGAAGUGGAGGAUGGCGACAAUGAGGAGGAAGAGGACGAGAGGUUGCGCAGGGAGGAGGAUCAGAGAGCGGAGCAGCGGGCAAGGAAAAAGGGAGCCAGGGGAGAGGUUGAGUCGGUCGUGCGCGAUGGACCACCCAAAAGGAAGAAGUAUGCGGUUCAGUUGGAGGAGGGGUUUGAUGUGGAGAAAGUGAUUGACCGGCUGCUAGAAGGCCACAAUGACCUCAUGACUCUGAAGGAAAUCCUAGCGUCGGCCCCGCGACUCCGCGAUGAACUGAAGGGGAGAUUGUCGCGGCGCCUGGUGUCCAAUGUCUAUCUAGGUACGAUCCUGCCCAAGGAGGCAGAGUGGGUGGAGCCAGGUACAAAGAUGGACUGGAAGUGCGUAGCCUGCGGCACGGUGGAUUUGGUGGUGAAGGGUUCCAAGUGCGCAGCAAUGGUGGACACCGGGGCAGAGAUGAACAUUAUUCGGGAGGCGGACUCGAUCAGAUUCGGGCUAGAUAUAGACCGGAACGAGGGGAAGUUGAUUAUAGGGGAACCCGACUUCCUACUGCCUCAGGAGCAAGCGUUGGUGGUGGAGUUGAUGAAAAGGAGGCAUCGCGCCUAUGCGUUCAGUGACGAGGAGCGUGGCAGGCUGGAUGUGGACAAGAUACUUAUGAUCCGCAUUCAUACCGUGUCACACGAGCCUUGGAACAUGAGAGGAGGGCGAUAUCCCAAUCCUGACGAGGAAAAGAAGGUGGUGGAUUACCUCGACGGCAAAAAACGUACGCACGUCGCCGACUAUUCGAGUGGACCGUAUGCGUCCCCGUGGUUCUGCUUUAUCAAGCCUAACGGGACGCUGCGGUGGGUGCAGGAUUUGCAAAGACUGAAUGCGGUGACCGUGUGGGAUGUUGGAGGGUUGCCCAAUGCAGACGCGCUGUCAGAAUCCUGUGCUGGAAGGCCUAUAAUCUCACUUAUAGACCUUUACUCAAGAUAUGACCAGUUCCCAGUCUACCCGCCGAACAGGGUUGUGACGGUUAUGCACACGCUGCGAGGACUAAUCCACAUGAACGUGGCCCCACAAGGGUGGACCAAUGCGGUAGCAAUGGUCCAACGGGCCAUGAUUCGGGCUAUGCAGUUAGUCAGCCCCCAUAUCACACAGCCAUACAUCGAUGACUUGGCGGUGAAGGGGCCGGCAGUGAAAGAAAGCGACGAAGUCUCGCCAGGAGUGAGGCGCUUUGUCUGGAAGCAUAUCCAGGACCUCGAAAAAGUCCUGAGCCUGCUCGAGGAGCAUAACCUCACGGCGAGCGGGGCCAAAUCCAGACACUGCAUGAGGGAAGCGACUAUUUUGGGGUUCGUCUGCAGCGAGAAGGGCCGAAAGCCGGAUGUGAAGAAAACGGACAAGAUUACUGAGUGGCCGGGUGAAGAGCAAGAAGAGGUGGUGGCCAGAAUGAAGGAGGAAUUUCGAGAAGGAGGGUUGGUGUUAGGAGCGCCAGAUUAUGAUGCCACAGAAACACRACCCUUCAUUGUCGAAACAGAUGUGGGGCCAACUGCCUUAGGAGGAGUUCUAAUCCAGGCAGACAUAGAGGGAAAGGAAAGACCCUUGAGAUUUGAGAGUCGGACUCUCUGUACGACCGAGAGGAACUACUCUCAGUUCAAGAGGGAGACCCUUGCCGUCCUCCACUGUCUGCGAAUCUUCAGGAACUACAUCUUCGGCAGGAGGUUUAUUUUGAGAGUGGAUCCGACCGCCCUGGCCUACUUUCUAAGGAAUUACGUUCCAUCGGAUCCGACGGUUGCCAGAUUGCUGACGUACUUCUGGAUGUUCAAUUUCGAAUUGGAACGGAUUCUUGGUAGUAAGAACCGGGCGGACGGGCUGAGUCGGAUCAACUGGGAUAAACAGGAAGGGGAGGUGGUGGAGAAUACGCCCCCAGUUGAUGGAUUUCUGGAUCAGGAAGAAGAUGUUCGUCUCCACAUCAACAAGUGGUCGCCGCGAGUACCCAGCUGUGUAGGCUAUCCUAUCUGGCAAGCGCCGAAUGGGUAUGAAAGGAGGGCCGAGUUAGUCCUCGAACCCUUUGAAGAAGAGGAUCCCUGGGGUGGUAAGGAUAUUCAGUGGAUGAUGGAGUUAGCGCUGGCCAGCUCGCAUAGCCUGGUGGAGGAUAUGAGGACGAUUGAGGAAGGACCAGGCCAGGUAGAACGGCAUGAGGACCUGAUAGGAGGAAUGUACCUCCUCGUCAACACGUUGUUGCAGGAAAGCCUCGACCAGUCAGGAUCGCUGAACCCGAUAGGGAAUGUGGACGAAGUGCCCGAGAGCCAGGACGACGAGUUCGAGGAGGGGGAGCUUAAGGAGGCCUUUCGUGCAGAGGAGUAUGAUGGGAUCUACCCAGAGCUGAGACUUCUUUUGUCCGGCGAAAUGCGGCUAAGGGAUGCGAGCGACAGGGCUCAAAGGAUGCUGCAGCGCUACUUAGUGCGAGACGGCCACCUUUUCGUGAGAAGAGAAGUGGGGAAUCCCAGGAGAGUCGUCUGCGGUAGGAAUCGUCAGAGCAGCGCUUCACGAUGGCAUUGCAGGAGGGCAUCGAGGGGUACAAGCCACGUAUGCGAAGAUAAGUCUGACUUUACGAAGACAGCCAUGCCAAGAGGAGGGAAGGGGACACGGCCGCCUCAGAGGCCGUUGGGCGCAUUAUGGGGAUAUGAGCGACAUGGGCCUCGCCAUCGAGAGAGCACUCCAGAGUAUGACGGUGGCGAUAUUGAGCUAUUCCUAGACAGCUUCUGGGAGCAUGCGCGGCGUAUGGGUUGGACUGUGACCCAGAGGAUUGAGAGGCUGAGGGGAGUUGGCAGAUUCGAGGAGCCCGUUGCACGGAUCCGUAGAGAGGCAACGACGAGGUUAGAGGUGGAGUUGAGGAUGCAGGAGCUGCGACCCUCGCCAGUGGGGCCUGAUGGCAGGCCGAUCCGCCUGGAGAUUGGAAAUACGUCGGACAUCAUCCCCACGUUUGAGUGGUUCAUGCAGGGGCAGGGUAUACCGAGAGACGAUUGGAUGCAGACAUUACCACUCUGGACCAGGAAGUCGGAAAGACCACUGGCUAGGCAGCCUGAGAAGGAGAGGGAGGCAGAGAUCCCGAAGAGGGUCGACCUCCGCACGAGGGAAAGGGCGCCAGCUGGAGAGACAGCAGAGGAAAAGAGGGCGAGAAGAACCAGGAGGAUAGACGAGAUAUGGCAAGAGAGGCGGAGGUUGGAGGCAGCGGGGGAGCUUCCGGAGCAGCAGCAGGAGAGGCAGAGAUCGGAGGCAGCAGGAGCACUCCCAGGUCAGCCACCCAGCGCGCCAGCUAGGGCCCCGGAGAUCCCUCAGAUGUGGAGGGACUUCUGGGAGCAGAGAGGAGAGGAGCUUCCUUCGCCAGUCAGAGCCGGGUUUGGGGUAGCAAGAAAGGCGGAAGGGAGAUUGGAUCGAAAAAUCAAGUUCCUGGCCAAGACAACUUUUGACCGGCACUUGUUAUUGGAGGGCGAUCUGGUCGGGAAGAAGAUAAAGGAAGCAAGCCAUGGAGUACGCCUGGAGGCUAUGGAGAUGGAAAUCCAAGAACUCAGAGCAUUGGUGGCCAGCCAGGCAGCUAUCAUUGAGAGCCUGAGGCAACAAACCCAGGGAAAGGCGGACAAGCCAGAGAGCAGUCGGCAGGGCGAGCAGAGGCAGCCAGGACAGGGAUUGCCAGGACAACCAUCUGCAGCAUAGCCUUUCCAGGGCCACCUAUGGGGAGGGUUAUCCUAGAGCCAG